CGCUGGGAAGGAUGUCAGACCCACGCCAGGCCCGAGACUGACGUGACAUGAAUGUGAAGCUCCCUAUUCUGAUAGUCUGCCUUGCCGGCGCAGGGCGUGCGUGGGUGGCGAGAGACGUGGCUCAGAAGUACGCCCCGAGGCUCGUGUUCGACCAGGUGCAGGGCUCGACCAACAAGUGCUUCCCUUCGUCGGCGGCGGAGUACUACGAGGCGCGGAAGGCCGGCAGCGCCCACAGGAUCUGCAACGAGGACGAUGGCAGCCUGGCGGGCGGUGUGCCGGUCUACUGGCGGGCCAUGGCGUGUGACGAGCAUGUGCACGUAGCUUACUGGUUCUACUACGGCUACCAGGACACGUGUUCUCCCGGGGUUGGGGCCCACGAUGCGGACUGGGAGCACAUCAUCGUCAAAAUCCGAAACAUUGACACAUCAGUGGAAAAGCUUUCGGAGGUCAUGUUCUUCCAGCACAGCGGCCGUUACACACGUACCCCCGGCCAUUACUCCGCGUACAACACGCACCCGAUCGUCUACGUCGGGAAGAACUCUCACGGUUCCUACCACGACGACGGCGGCUCUGGGACCUGCUGCUACUUCGAGGACUUCAGGAAUCCUGGUAGCAAGUACCAGCACAUGGACACCUGGCUGAACCUGGAGGAGCUGCGGAGGGACGACACGGCGCCCGAGUGGAUGAUGGACCUGACGGCGGACUACUUCGACGGCAACACUUCCCCGCUGAACCGCGAGGAGACCUACCACCUGUGCUCGCAGAAGGGCUGCGAGGGCGCCUGGCUGCAGGUGUGCACCACCAGCGGCUGCGCCAAGAGCGACAUCGGGGAUGAUAUCAUGUAACCGGCCGUGGGUGGCACGCUCUGGGUGUCAUGGCGUGCUCGGGGUGUCAUGGGACGUCCUGAUUGUCAUGGCACCGCUGAAGUGUCGUGGCACCUUCGUGUGUCGCACGCGGAGCUCUGAUUAAAAAUGCAACAUCA